CUUAAAGGGGGCGGGGCUUAAAUAGGGCGGGCGGGGCGGUGCCGCCUCUCCGCUUCCCGCCCUGCCUCAGGGGCUGCGCGCGCGGCGGCGGUUGGCGGGGCCGGCGGCUGAGAUUUGUUCCUGACCUUCCAUAAAAAUGUCUAAGCAACAGCCUGCUCAGUUUACCAAUCCGGAAACCCCUGGCUACGUUGGGUUUGCCAACCUUCCCAAUCAGGUUCAUCGGAAGUCUGUGAAGAAAGGCUUUGAAUUUACUCUUAUGGUGGUUGGUGAAUCUGGAUUGGGAAAAUCUACAUUAAUAAACAGCCUCUUCUUGACAGAUCUCUACCCAGAAAGGAUAAUCCCAGGAGCUGCUGAGAAAAUUGAACGCACUGUGCAGAUUGAAGCCUCAACAGUUGAAAUAGAAGAGAGGGGUGUGAAGCUUCGUCUGACGGUUGUAGAUACACCAGGAUAUGGAGAUGCUAUCAAUUGUCGAGAUUGUUUUAAGACCAUAAUCUCCUACAUUGAUGAGCAGUUUGAGCGAUAUCUGCAUGAUGAGAGUGGUUUGAACAGAAGGCAUAUCAUAGAUAACCGCGUUCAUUGCUGCUUCUAUUUCAUUUCACCGUUUGGUCAUGGCCUUAAGCCUCUGGAUGUUGAAUUUAUGAAGGCCAUACACAACAAAGUAAAUAUUGUACCAGUGAUUGCAAAAGCUGAUACACUUUCUCUGAAAGAGCGAGAAAGACUAAAGAAGAGGAUUCUGGAUGAAAUCGAAGAGCAUGGCAUCAAGAUUUAUCACCUGCCUGAUGCUGAAUCAGACGAGGAUGAAGAUUUUAAAGAGCAGACAAGACUGCUGAAGGCCAGCAUUCCAUUUUGUGUAGUGGGAUCCAAUCAACUCAUUGAAGCUAAAGGUAAAAAAGUUAGAGGCCGACUUUACCCAUGGGGUGUCGUUGAAGUGGAGAAUCCUGAACAUAAUGACUUUCUGAAGCUGAGGACCAUGCUAAUCACCCAUAUGCAAGAUCUUCAAGAGGUGACCCAGGAUCUUCACUAUGAGAACUUCCGCUCUGAGAGGCUCAAACGAGGCGGCAGGAAAAUAGAAGAUGAAGAAGUAAAUAAAGACCAGAUUCUGCUUGAAAAAGAAGCUGAACUUCGUCGCAUGCAGGAGAUGAUCGCAAGAAUGCAGGCACAAAUGCAGAUGCAAAUGCAAAGUGGAGAAGGAGAUAGCAGUGGACAUCAUGUAUAAAGUCUUCGAUUACUUUAUACCUUGACUUAAUGGAGACACUCCAUGGAUUUGAGUUACGGUGGUGUUACACGGAUGCCUUUUGCCCAGUUUGUGACUUGGAGAUUAUUUUAGAAUUUAACACGGAAACGCGUUGUGGUAACUCUUGUGAUACGUAUUUCAUAACAUGUAGUCAGUCAGUAUUUUAUAUAUUAUACACACUUGACUUUUUGUUUUGUAAUUCUUAUAUUGAGCUUAUUUUCAGUUUCCCAUUGUAUUAGGGAUACAAAAUAGACAAUGAAACUUCUAGCCUGACAUGGCGUUAGAUGAUUUGCUUUAAUAUGGCGUACUAACUCCCUGCUUUUAACUUUGUAUUAUGUUUAGAAAUAAACAGCUAUUAGUGAUAUCAGUAGUGUGUAAUAGUCACUAAUUAGGGAACUUUGCAAGGUUAGUUUUAUAUUUUUGCAGUGUUUACAGGUGUGUGUCUGUGAGACCCUAGCCCUUCUUCUGUCUCUGCUGAGUGCAGGUGAUCUCCUUUGGCCUCUGCAAGUAUCUAGUUAGAAUUCAGGCAUGCCUUGUGUCUUAAUAAAAGAAAUAAGAGGAAAUACCUCUUUAAGGGCACACUGUAUUUUUAAGAGUUUCUUGUACGUCAGCACAAAUCAGUCCUGCUGUUUUCUGGCAUUACUGUAACCAAAUAAGCUUGAAUAAUGUUGGUAUGUUAAAUGAGAUAAACCCCAAAGAGUAGUUUUAUGUCCAUGGGUGUUUCCAUAUCCAAAUGCAUAAGAAAUUCUUUAAUUCCUAGAGAGUAUUUUCAUACUAUUUUUAGGGCAUUGCAAACUGUUAAUUGUAGUAUAACAUAUAUACUAGCACACUUCCACUCUUUUUAGAGUGAUCUGUGCCUGACAGGAUCGAAGUGAACUAUAUUUUAAGGUCCUGGAGUUAGCAGUAAUACUUAUGAGGUGACUCCAAUGUGUUACACAGUUUUUUAGGCCAAGGUCACUUUCCUUAAUGCUGAUAGCAAAGGAAACUGGUUUUGAGCUUGGCUGGACUUCUGCUGCAUAUCGUGGUAGGUACGGAAUUUGCCAUAUGUAAUAACAGCUAUAGCGUACAGCUACGUAGGUGGCAGCUGAGAAGAGUACGCAGUUACUCUGCCAGAAAUCAUAUUUCCUAAUGUGAUGUGUUACAAAACAUCUGAACAGCCAAUAAGUAGAUAGAAUUCCAGCUUUUCUCUGUUCUGAGCUCAGGUGCAGCAACGAUUUUUAUAAUUUUUAAUUUUUUUUGAAAAAAUAAUAAUAUUUCUACAGCUAAUUUCAGUGAUACUCAAAUGGCUAGAUUAAAUAUGAACCUGCUAAGCAGAAGAAAUUUUUACCUGCCUGAAACUGCUGUUUUAUGAAUUGCUUUAUAUUUGAAUCUUUCUAAAAAUGUGAAGCAAAGUUCUCUGCCCUAGCCUUUGCUGGGCAGAGAAAAAAAAUGGAGCUCCAUUUUUCUUUGCAAAAGCAAUUAUUCGCAAAGUUUUGUAUAUGACACACGUGAUCUUCCCUAACCGUCACAAAGGUGUAAAUGAGAACCUUUUUAUAUACAUGUAUGUAGAUGCACAGAAGUGGCUAAGUCCCGUUUUGUCAAAUUAUAUACACAUAAAACUUAGAUGGAAAAACAUGCACUUCCAAGUUCUUGUAUUGCCUUUUCUAAAUAGCACAUAGAAAUAACAUAGCAGUAUUACCAGAAAAAAAAAAAAAGCAAAGCAACAACUCCACAGCACCUUAUGUAUUUCUAAAUCUUUGAUACAUUUUUGUGAGUCAGUAGUCAUAAAUAUGCCAGAAAAGUAACUCGUGUUUUACUAAGUAUUUUGUGAGCUCCCAUACUGUUCUGUAGUUGCCACCAAUCCGGUUUUGUUCUGAUUCUGCAGCAUUUGCCUGCUUUUAAGCUAUUAUUAGUCUGGUAUCUCUGAUAAAUGUUUUGAGCACAGCGACACAGUGACAUUUGUGUUUUCACAUAUAAGCUUGGUAGGUACUGUAAGCUGCAAUAGGACUGGGAACCAGUAUUUGAACUGUGAAAUCUGUGUGUGCAAACCAGUCCCGGGUUGUACAUGUAACUCUCUGUGUAUGUUGCUUUUUCUCCUAUAUUUUCUAACAUGGGAGUAAAAGUAGGUUGUCUGUGCAUUAAGUGCUGUUUGGUCACUACCUGUGGAAUUACUUUAGGCUAUAUCUUAACCUUUGAAAUAGCAUCUAUUGAAAUAUUUCAUCAGGGUAAAGUAUUCUGGAUGAUUCUUAGGCAAGUAAUUUUUGAUUUAUAAAUUCUAGCAGGAGAAAUAUUUUCAUAAAUAUUUUUUUUCAUGGGAAAAAUAAAGUUUAUGGCACUUGCCAUUUUAACUGAAAGCUAAUUGCUUCCCCUUCCCAAGUCUUUCAUUUGUAGUGUGCCUGAUGUCUCUGAAGGUCUCUUUUCCCUUCAAUUCUCUUGCGUUGGCCUUGCAUCAGUGGUUUCAUGGUGAGACAUAAAAAGUGAAACUAUGUUUCACAGAUUCUUUUUUUUUAGACAACCUUCAAGUACUGGUAGAAGAAAGACUUGGAGACAAAAGGUAGAUGUUUGGUGUGGUGUUGAACUGGCUAUAAUUUGUUUUCUUUUAUAGCUCUGUUACAGUUUCUAAUUUAGGAGUCAAAAUACUUCUGAAUUUGCAGAGGUUUAUAUUUGGUGGCAAAGAUGUCUUGCUCUUGGCACAAAAAACUUACUGUUAUAUUCUGGUUUAUGUACUGUCACUAGCCAAGACUAUAAUAAAAAUGCAAAAACA